ACGAUGGAUGAGACGCUUCGGUUUUCUGCCCAUCGGUCGUAAAAAAGGGUGCCGUGUUUGCAUCUUCCAAAACGUCUGAACCAGGCCAUCCCUGGGUUUGCUUCGAAUUCUCACCCGGCACGCCGUCACGGGUACCUACCUGAGUACCUGAGUAUGAGUCCUGAAUAUGAGUACCUGGCUAGAUCCUAGGUACCCUUCGUUGGAUACCUUGCACGUCACAUAGCUACGCCGAUUGGUGAGAGCUCGGGUGGGGCGUCCACACCUCGGUGAGCCGCUCACCUCAAAAAUUUCCUCAAUCGCCGGCUUCCCAAUGGCUUUGGUCAGUUUCUGCCCUGUUGCUUCUUUGGAAAUCUACCUCGUCCAGAUUCGAUUCCUACCCCCUUGGACGUGGCCCUUCUCCCGGCAUUUCAAUAUACCAAUAUUCCUUAGCCUUCCAUUUGAGGAGUCGCAGCAACCAUGUUCGAAAACCUUUGCACCCUGCCCCUGUCCGCCGAGGUCUUCACCCAGGUUCUCCAUCCCACCGAGCCGCUAUUGACCGUUGGCUUGUCUACCGGCCACGUCGAAACCUUCCGCCUUCCCCCUCCCGUACAAGACUCCCCCGAUUCUUCGGCUGAUCCCGAUACGAGCAUCGCGUCCAACGGCCGGGGAACCAUUGACAGCAUUUGGCGUACGAGACGGCACAAGGGAAGCUGCAGAGCCUUGGCCUACAACCAUGAUGGAUCUGCCCUCUACUCUGCCGGCACCGAUGGCUUGAUCAAGCAUUUCUCCCCCGAGACUGGCAGGGUUAUCUCCAAGGCCGCCAUCCCCUCCUCGAACAAGCAGAUCGACGCCCCGACCCUCAUGCACGUCCUGAACCCCCAGAGCCUCCUUGUAGCCUGCGACUCGGGCGCCGUGCACAUCUUUGACCUACGAGACGGCGUCCCCUCGGCCAAGCCCGCGCAAACCCACUUCCCUCACUCCGACUACGUCUCUGCCAUCGUUCCCCUCCCGCCCUCCGCCGAGAGCACUUCUGGCUUUUCCAAGCAAUGGGUCUCCACUGGCGGCACCACCCUCGCCGUCACCGAUGUGAGGAGAGGCGUUCUUGUCCGGUCUGACGACCAAGAGGACGAGCUGCUGUCCGCCUGUUACGUUCCCGGUCUCGGCCCCAAGCACAACCGCAACAAUGGAAUCGUCGCCGUCGGAUCCGGCUCCGGAGUCGUCACUAUUUGGGACAGGGGUGCAUGGGAUGAUCAACAGGAGCGCAUCAUCGUCGACGGCGGCAAGGGAGGCGGCGAAAGUCUAGAUACCAUGGCCCUUGUGCCUCAGGAGCUGGGCCUGGGCAAGAAGCUGGUGGUUGGGCUUGGCGACGGCAGCCUGCGCGUCGUCGACUUGGUCACCAGAGAGGUUGACAAGUCACUGAAUCUCCGACACGACGAAGUUGAGGGCGUCAUCUCUGUCAUGUUUGACUCGCAGAACCGCCUGAUCACGGCUGGUGGCAAGACGGUUAAGGUAUGGGAAGAGCUGUCGGAGCUCCAAGGGGACGCCGAAGAUAGCGACAGCGACGACGACGACGACGACGAUAGCGACAGCGACGGCGACGGCGGUGAUAAACCUACCGUUAAGCGCCGGGCGAAAGAUAGCGACAGCGACGACGAUGAAGACGAUAGUGACAGCGACGAUGGUGGGAAAAGGCGGAGCAAGCGUCAGAACACGGGGGCUGCCGCGAAACUUGGCCCCAUGGGUGCUCACGGCAUCCUUGGGUUUGACGGUCUGGACUAAGUAGAUGUACAUAAUUAGUGAUACCCUGCAGGGCCACCUGAAGAAAAGGUGACCACGGCCAAUUGAACCGAUCCGACC